UUGGACACAGAGCAGUACGGACCAGCACAGGACUACUACAGACCAGCACAUUACUACUACAGACCAGCACAGGACUACUACAGAAUACUACAGACCAGCACAUUACAACUACAGACCAGCACAGGACUACUACAGACCAGCACAGGAAUACUACAGACCAGUAUAUUACUACUACAGACCAGCACAGGACUACUACAGACCAGCACAUUACUACUACAGACUACUACAGACCAGCACAGGACUACUACAGACCAGCACAGGACUACUACAGACCAGCACAGGACUACUACAGAAUACUACAGACCAGUAUAUUACUACUACAGACCAGCACAGGACUACUACAGAAUACUACAGACCAGCACAGGACUACUACAGACCAGUACAGGACUACUACAGACUACUACAGACCAGCACAUUACUACUACAGACCAGUACAGGACUACUACAGACAAGUACAGGACUACUACAGACCAGCACAUUACUACUACAGACCGGCACAGGACUACUACAGAAUACUACAGACCAGCACAGGAGUACUACAGACUACUACAGACCAACACAGGAGUACUACAGACCAGUACAGGACUACUACAGACCAGUACAGGACUACUACAGACCAGCACAGGACUACUACAGACCAGCACAGGACUACUACAGACCAGCACAGGGCUACUACAGACCAGUACAGGACUACUACAGACCAGUACAGGACUACUACAGACUACUACAUACCAGCACAGGACUACUACAGACCAGCACAGGACUACUACAGACCAGUACAGGACUACUACAGACCAGCACAGGACUACUACAGACCAGCACAGGACUACUACAGACCAGCACAGGGCUACUACAGACCAGUACAGGACUACUACAGACCAGUACAGGACUACGACAGACUACUACAUACCAGCACAGGACUACUACAGACCAGCACAGGACUACUACAGACCAGUACAGGACUACUACAGACCAGCACAGGACUACUACAGACCAGCACAGGACUACUACAGACCAGUACAGGACUACUACAGACCAGCACAGGACUACUACAUACCAGCACAGGAGUACUACAGACCAGUACAGGACUACUACAGACCAGUACAGGACUACUACAGACCAGCACAGGACUACUACAGACCAGUACAGGACUACUACAGACCAGUACAUUACUACUACAGACCAGCACAGGACUACUACUGACCAGCACAUUACUACUACAUACCAGCACAGGACUACUACAGACCAGUACAUUACUACUACAGACCAGCACAGGAGUACUACAGAUCAGUACAGGACUAGUACAGACCAGCACAGGACUAAUACAGACCAGCACAGGAGUACUACAGACUACUACAGAUCAGUACAGGACUACUACAGACUACUACAGACCAGCACAGGAGUACUACAGACUACUACAGGUCAGUACAGGACUACUACAGACCAGCACAGGAGUACUACUGAUCAGUACAGACCAGUUUGGUGAACAGUGGAACCAGUGGAUCCUUUUGAUGGGACUCCCAGACCAGAGGGCUGUGACUGGACAGUGAGUGACCCCAUGCCUCUGAGUCCGGCUGCCAACGCUAAGCAUGACCCCCCUGAUCAUCCCCGGCAACCAGCCGCUACCAAUGGCAACCAGCCAGGUUCCGCCCUUGCCAGGGACGACGGGAGGACUUCCUCCCCAGAUCCUCCUGACGACGGCUCCGGAAACAGCAUCGUCAUCCGUAUUGGCAUCCCUGACCUGCAGCAGACGAAGUGUCUGCGGUUGGAUCCCGAGGCAGCGGUGUGGAGCAGUAAGCAGCAUGUGUUAGUGACUCUAACACAGAGUCUGACUGAUGUUCUGAACUAUGGGCUGUUCCAACCGGCCUUCAACGGACGAGCUGGGAAGUUCCUAGACGAGGAACGACUGCUGAAAGACUACCCUCUACCCCCCAUCACCCCUAUUCCCUAUCUAGAGUUUCGCUAUAAGAGGCGUGUUUACACUCAGAGCUAUGUGGACGACAAGCAGCUAGCAAAGCUCCAUACCAAGGCCAACCUGAAGAAGUUCAUGGAGUAUGUUUACCAGCUUAGCGUUGACAAAGUCUCCAGGUUCUUGGAGAAAGGUCUUGAUCCUAAUUUUCACGAUGCAGACACAGGAGAAUGCCCCCUAACCCUGGCGGUUCAGCUCGAGGGGAGUGCAGAGCUGAUUACAGUGCUGAGGAGUGGAGGAGCUCACCUGGACUUCAGGACGAGAGACGGAAUCACAGCUCUGCACAGAGCUGUUCUCUCUAGGAACCACACAGCACUCACAACUGUGUUGGCCCUGGGUGCGUCUCCAGACUAUAGGGACAGUCGUGGGUUAACUCCUUUGUACCACUGUGCCAUGGUGGGGGGAGACCCGUACUGCUGUGAACUGCUGCUACAUGAACACGCUGUCAUAGGCAGCACCGACGAGAAUGGCUGGCAGGAGAUACACCAGGCAUGUCGUCAUGGUAACGUGCAGCACCUGGAGCAUCUGCUGUUUUACGGAGCCGACAUGAGCUCUCAGAACGCCUCAGGGAACACGGCCCUGCACCUGUGUGGUCUAUACAACCAGGACGGCUGUGCCAGAGUUCUGCUGUUCAGAGGAACAAAUAAAGACAUUAAGAACUACAACAACCAGACAGCUUUUCAGGUGGCCAUCAUUGCUGGGAAUUUUGACCUGGCUGAGAUCAUUAAGAUCCAUAAGGCCUCAGACGUAGUGCCUUUCAGAGAGAGCCCAUCCUAUUCCUCAAAGCGCCGACGUCUGGGUGGGGCCAAUAAUGUUGGUGUGUGUGGCUCGUCAUCUCCCCGUUAUCUGAUUCGCUCAGCCAGCGACAACGCUCUGGAAAGCCCCGCCUCUUCUUCCCCCGGCCCCUCCCUCCACAGCCUGGAGAACACACACUCUUCCAACCGGCAGGCAGACACACACAGCCUUCGCAGGCAGACACGGCGCCUCAGCCCGAGUGGCAGGAUACAGAGGGACCCCAGCCCGCCUUCAUCUCCCCCCAGCCCAGUGCAGCGUGGGAAACGUAGGCUGUACAGCGCCGUGCCGGGGAGGACGUUCAUCGCUACCCGCUCUCACACGCCGCAGGGUCCCGGAGAGAUCAGCCUGCAUCGCGGGGAGAGGGUCAAAGUGCUGAGUAUAGGAGAAGGAGGGUUCUGGGAGGGUUCAGUUAAAGGACGGACCGGAUGGUUUCCUGCUGACUGUGUUGAAGAGGUCCAGAUGAGACAGUACGACCCACGCCUAGAAACACGAGAGGAUCGCACCAAGAGGCUUUUCAGACAUUACACCGUGGGUUCCUAUGACAACUACACUUCCUACAGUGAUUAUGUCAUCGAGGAGAAGAGUUCUGUGCUCCAGAAGAGAGACAGUGAAGGAUUUGGCUUCGUCCUCCGUGGAGCUAAAGCAGAGACCCCUAUAGAGGAGUUUGCUCCUACCCCAGCGUUCCCGGCGCUGCAGUACCUGGAGUCUGUUGACCUGGAGGGCGUGGCCUGGAGGGCGGGGCUACGCACUGGGGACUUCCUUAUUGAGGUAAACGGUAGUGACGUGGUGAAGGUGGGCCACAGGCAGGUCGUGGCGCUGAUCCGUCAGGGAGGAAGUCAGCUGCUGAUGAAGGUCGUUUCAGUCACACGCAAACCGGAGUCCGACUUCGUCCGGAAGAAAGCACCUCCUCCGCCUAAGAGAGCACCCAGCACGUCGCUCACACUGCGCUCCAAAUCUAUGACGUCUGAACUGGAAGAGAUAGCCUCUGCCAGGAGGAGACGAGGGGACAAGCUGGACGAGAUGUUGACUGGGUCCCAGGAGGUGAUGAUGAGAAAACGCCCCUUGGAGGCAGACUACAGAGCGGCCACCGUGAAGCAGCGGCCAACCAGCAGACGAAUUACUCAGCAAGAGAUCAACUCUUUGUUUGAGCGGCAGGGCCUGCCUGUUCCUCCAGGGGUUUCCCUGGGUCUGGAGAAAGCCACCAUGCAGCUGCCUCGUGGAAUGUCUCGGACCAAGUCCUUCGGUGCACCAGAGGAUGACAGGAUCUCUGCACUGAUUGGAGAGCAUCGGUUUCCAAGGAGCUCUUCGAUGACUGAUGGUUUCAUACCUCCUCCUCCCCAGACUGCCCCUCCUCCUCCCCCUUCCCACUACUUCCUGGACUCUGGCCCGCCGCCGGCGUUCUGCCCUCCACCUCCCCCGCAGCGAGCAGCCGAUCAAUCACACUCUAGCUUCAAGCCGGGGGCGGAACCUAGGCUGCACGAGGUCUGUGAUUCGCCAACGUCUCGGAGCCAUGCAGAGCGGCAGAGGAAAGCUCGCUCCAUGAUCAUCCUGCAGGAUUCACCUGUACCAGGCUAUCUACCUGCAGAGUCUUCUCCCCUAGGCCGACCUGCUGGGGCUACAGCAGGGCUGGGCCUGUCCCGGCCCAGCCCUGUUGUCUCCCCCAGCCCCCUCUCCAGAACCAGCCCUGCCCCCAGCCCCCUCUCCAGAACCAGCCCUGCCUCCAGCCCCAGCCCCCUCUCCAGAACCAGCCCUGCCCCCAGCCCUAACCCUCCAGGGGAGCGCAGCAGCAACAGGAGGCGUGGCCGACCAGUAGAGAACCCGUAUGCCAACGUGGGCCAGCUGCCUGCCCCCCCCAGCAAGCCUCAGCGCCGCAAGUCUCCGCUCCUCAAACAGCUGCAGGUGGAGGAGGGGCCCAGCAGGGCAGAGCUAUACCAGCAGCAGGUGCUCACCGAGCGUGCUCAGAUACGGGUCACGCCCCCUCAGGGCCGUAGGUCCUCCUUCUUCCUGUCUGUGGAGGGAGGGGCUUCAGAGCCCCCGCCCAUCUUACUGACCCAGUCCCACUCUGUAGAUGACCUGGGGGAGCUGCCCCCCCCAAUCCCCGUCCUCUCCCCCUCCUCCUCCCCCCACUCCACCUUUCUCCACCCACUGACAGGCAAGCCUCUGGACCCCUCCUCCCCCCUCGCCCUGGCCCUCGCUGCCCGCGAACGAGCUCUCACUGCACGCACACCCAGCCCUGAACCCAGAACCAAACACGCACACUCAUCUAGACCCGAGCCCAGGACCAAACACUCACCCAGCCCCGAGCCAAGGCCCAAACAGUCACCCAGCCCCGAGCCCAAACGAACCCCUCCUCCCCUGACCAGCCCUGAGCUCCGACACAAACGUAUCAACCCACCCAUAUUCCUUGACGGACAGCUGGAGCGGCCAGUCGUAGAGCGGCCAGAGACAGAAGGCGGAGUCACAUCUCCUGCUGUGCCCUCCCCCGAGCGUUGGCAGACUAUGCCCCUCCCUCCCAUCAGUCAGGUGACCAUCAAUAUAACCAAUGAAAGCCAGCUGGCAGGACGGGGUCUGGGGGAAGAGCUGAUUGAGGCGCUGCAUGGACAAUUACAGAGGAGGAGAAGUCUGACCGUUGGCAGCUCAGAGGAGGAGGGGGGGCCAUAUACGGUAACCCAGGGCCAAUCAGAGAGGAGGAAUAGUCUGGAGGGCGGGCCUUACACGGUGACCCUGCCCCCUGCACUGCUGUCAUCCAGUGAUGAGGAGACGAGGGAGGAGCUUCGUAAGAUUGGUCUGGUGUCUCCUCCCCUGGUGUUUGCCACGCCCCCCUCCCCCACCCAGCCCCGCUCCUCCCUCAGCCUGUCACCACGAAGACCCCAGGCAGGUGAGGGCGGGGGAGGAGGGGAGUCAGCUCCAGACUCAGGGAUGGAGGAGGGAGACCCUCACAUAGAGAACACCUUAUCCCCAAGCAGCACCCCGGCCCCCAGCCUGCCCCCCACCCUGCCCUCCCCAGAACGCCCCCAGCCUUUCCCUGCCACCCCGAAAACCCUGCCCUCCACCACCUCAGACCCCCAGAGCCUGAAGCCCAGGCUGCGUUCUCCCCUGGGCCGUGGUCGCUCUGCUCUCAGGGAUCCUCUACUGAAACAGUCUUCAGACAGCGAUCUGCUUCCAUCUGGCUGUGGACCUGGACGCCCACCACCCUACCUCUUCCAGGUAACCCUGACCCACCCUACCUCUUCCAGGUAACCCUAACCCUAACCCACCCUACCUCUUCCAGGUAACCCUGACCCACCCUACCUCUUCCAGGUAACCCUGACCCACCCUACCUCUUCCAGGUAACCCUAACCCACCCUACCUCUUCCAGGUAACCCUGACCCUAACCCACCCUACCUCUUCCAUGUAACCCUAACCCUAACCCACCCUACCUCUUCCAGGUAACCCUGACCCUAACCCACCCUACCUCUUCCAGGUAACCCUGACCCUAACCCACCCUAUCUCUUCCAUGUAACCCUGACCCUAACCCACCCUACCUCUUCCAUGUAACCCUGACCCUAACCCACCCUACCUCUUCCAUGUAACCCUAACCCUAACCCACCCUACCUCUUCCAGGUAACCCUGACCCUAACCCACCCUACCUCUUCCAGGUAACCCUGACCCUAACCCACCCUUUCUCUUCCAUGUAACCCUGACCCUAACCCACCCUACCUCUUCCAGGUAACCCUAACCCUAACCCACCCUACCUCUUCCAGGUAACCCUGACCCUAACCCACCCUACCUCUUCCAGGUAACCCUGACCCACCCUGCCUCUUCCAGGUAACCCUGACCCUAACCCACCCUACCUCUUCCAGGUAACCCUGACCCUAACCCACCCUACCUCUUCCAGGUAACCCUGACCCUAACCCACCCUACCUCUUCCAGGUAACCCUGACCCUGACCCACCCUACCUCUUCCAGGUAACCCUAACCCACCCUACCUCUUCCAUGUAACCCUAACCCACCCUACCUCUUCCAGGUAACCCUGACCCUAACCCACCCUACCUCUUCCAGGUAACCCUAACCCUAACCCACCCUACCUCUUCCAGGUAACCCUGACCCACCCUACCUCUUCCAGGUAACCCUGACCCACCCUACCUCUUCCAGGUAACCCUGACCCUAACCCACCCUACCUCUUCCAGGUAACCCUGACCCACCCUACCUCUUCCAGGUAACCCUGACCCACCCUACCUCUUCCAGGUAACCCUGACCCACCCUACCUCUUCCAGGUAACCCUGACCCACCCUACCUCUUCCAGGUAACCCUGACCCUAACCCACCCUACCUCUUCCAGGUAACCCUGACCCUAACCCACCCUACCUCUUCCAGGUAACCCUGACCCUAACCCACCCUACCUCUUCCAGGUAACCCUGACCCUAACCCACCCUACCUCUUCCAGGUAACCCUAACCCUAACCCACCCUACCACUUCCAGGUAACCCUGACCCACCCUACCUCUUCCAGGUAACCCUAACCCACCCUACCUCUUCCAGGUAACCCUGACCCUAACCCACCCUACCUCUUCCAGGUAACCCUAACCCACCCUACCUCUUCCAGGUAACCCUAACCCUAACCCACCCUACCUCUUCCAGGUAACCCUGACCCUAACCCACCCUACCUCUUCCAGGUAACCCUGACCCUGACCCACCCUACCUCUUCCAGGUAACCCUGACCCUAACCCACCCUACCUCUUCCAGGUAACCCUGACCCUAACCCACCUUACCUCUUCCAGGUAACCCUAACCCACCCUACCUCUUCCAGGUAACCCUAACCCACCCUACCUCUUCCAGGUAACCCUAACCCUAACCCACCCUACCUCUUCCAGGUAACCCUGACCCUAACCCACCCUACCUCUUCCAGGUAACCCUAACCCACCCUACCUCUUCCAGGUAACCCUAACCCACCCUACCUCUUCCAGGUAACCCUGACCCUAACCCACCCUACCUAUUCCAGGUAACCCUAACCCACCCUACCUCUUCCAGGUAAGCCUGACCCUAACCCACCCUACCUCUUCCAGGUAACCCUGACCCUAACCCACCCUACCUCUUCCAGGUAACCCUGACCCUAACCCACCCUACCUCUUCCAGGUAACCCUAACCCACCCUACCUCUUCCAGGUAACCCUGACCCUAACCCACCCUACCUCUUCCAGGUAACCCUGACCCACCCUACCUCUUCCAGGUAACCCUAACCCACCUUACCUCUUCCAGGUAACCCUGACCCACCCUACCUCUUCCAGGUAACCCUGACCCUAACCCACCCUACCUCUUCCAGGUAACCCUAACCCACCCUACCUCUUCCAGGUAACCCUGACCCUAACCCACCCUACCUCUUCCAGGUAACCCUGACCCACCCUACCUCUUCCAGGUAACCCUAACCCACCCUACCUCUUCCAGGUAACCCUAACCCUGACCCACCCUACCUCUUCCAGGUAACCCUGACCCUGACCCACCCUACCUCUUCCAGGUAACCCUGACCCUAACCCACCCUACCUCUUCCAGGUAACCCUAACCCUAACCCACCCUACCUCUUCCAGGUAACCCUGAUCCUAACCCACCCUACCUCUUCCAGGUAACCCUGACCCUAACCCACCCUACCUCUUCCAGGUAACCCUGACCCACCCUACCUCUUCCAGGUAACCCUAACCCACCCUACCUUUUCCAGGUAACCCUAACCCACCCUACCUCUUCCAGGUAACCCUAACCCACCCUACCUCUUCCAGGUAACCCUGACCCUAACCCACCCUACCUCUUCCAUGUAACCCUAACCCUAACCCACCCUACCUCUUCCAGGUAACCCUGACCCUAACCCACCCUACCUCUUCCAGGUAACCCUAACCCACCCUACCUCUUCCAGGUAACCCUGACCCACCCUACCUCUUCCAGGUAACCCUAACCCUGACCCACCCUACCUCAUCCAGGUAACCCUGACCCUGACCCACCCUACCUCUUCCAGGUAACCCUGACCCUAACCCACCCUACCUCUUCCAGGUAACCCUAACCCACCCUACCUCUUCCAGGUAACCCUGACCCACCCUACCUCAUCCAGGUAACCCUGAUCCUAACCCACCCUACCUCUUCCAGGUAACCCUGACCCUAACCCACCCUACCUCUUCCAGGUAACCCUGACCCACCCUACCUCUUCCAGGUAACCCUAACCCACCCUACCUUUUCCAGGUAACCCUAACCCACCCUACCUCUUCCAGGUAACCCUAACCCACCCUACCUCUUCCAGGUAACCCUGACCCUAACCCACCCUACCUCUUCCAUGUAACCCUAACCCUA